AGGCAUCGUAAGACUGUUUUCCCCUCGCCUCGCCAGGUUGGGAGCUUGCAGGGAUCUACGAACCCUUUUGCCAGGUCGGGCAUGAGAUCGUCGCAAAUGGCGGUAUGAGAGACCUGCCCUUCCAAUUGGGUAGAAGGGCAACCAAAAAGCUCUCCCCUUACAGAGAGCCGCGUGGCCGGCGUGAGCGUGGUUGUCCCAACAUUGGACGCGCACAAGAAGAACCACAUGCCAUCCAGUCUUUCGUCAACAUCAGCAGUUCCUCGGUCCAGUGCAUUAACUGCCCCACAAUAGUCCAACGGGAUGUAACGGUGUCUAAAUACAGCCGCUUCAAUGGUAGUUCGAGCUGAGCCCGAUCGACCCCAGGGCUGUGAUUGGGUUAUGCGCCGUUUAUCGAUAUGUGGCUGCUGCACCUUGAAUUGGCUGAUUACCCAAUGGUCCGCCCGAAAGGAGAUCCCCCGUUCCACGAGCCUUACUCUGUACACCAGAGGUCAUGUGGCUGAGAGACUGGGUGAUAUGGGGAGGGGCUCUGGGAAUCGCAUAGUUCAAUCAACGUUAGUACUGUUAACUCAUUGCCUAACGCUCUAUGCGUCGGUCCCCUUGGAAGAAUUGGGACAUGUACAUGGUGGACAAAAAAGAACGAAAUGAAGUCAAGAAAAGAAAGAUCAGAAGGGCGAAAGACCGAGUUGUAGGUUUAUCACGGAUUAUGGAAGUGAGUGGAAGAAAGAUGGAGGAAAAUGGAGGAAAAUGGAAGUCGAAGUAGGUUGAUCUGUGAUCACGGGGUGGUCACCUGCUCGGAGUUCUU